AACCGUUUAAACACACAACUACAACAGUUUCUUUUCACUUUAAUUUGCUGAUUUCCAACGAAAUCAAGAAUGUCAGCAAUGGAACUCCGCUGUCUACAGUCUCUCAUCACCAGCAAUAUACCUCGAAAUGGGUUAGCAGAGAAGCCAUUUUUGUGUGGACAGCCUCUUACUUUGAUUCAGACUAGUAGUAAGAGAUACAACCCAAAUUCCAACAACUUCAAAUGCCUUCGUUUCAGAGCUCAAACUUCAGCAAAAGUUAGCUCAUUGGAACCUGCAAAAGAUGUCAAAUCAAAAGAUGGAAAUCUUGUUUUUGUUGCCGGUGCAACCGGUAAAGUUGGUUCUCGGACUGUAAGGGAGCUUUUGAAAUUAGGCUUUAAAGUUCGAGCGGGAGUUCGGAGUGCUCAAAGAGCUCAACCUCUUGUCAAAAGUGUUGAGCAGAUGAAACUUGAGAAUGCUGCGGACGGAGGAGCAAAAGCUAUAGAGAAGCUUGAAAUUGUGGAAUGCGAUCUGGAGAAAAUUGAUCGGAUUAGGCCUGCACUGGGCAAUGCAUCAAUCGUUAUAUGUUGCAUUGGUGCCAGUGAGAAGGAGAUCUUUGAUGUUACUGGACCAUAUCGAAUUGAUUACCAAGCCACUAAGAACCUUAUUGAUGCAGCAACUGCUGCAAAAGUUGACCACUUUAUCUUGCUCACAUCUUUGGGAACAAACAAGGUCGGUUUUCCUGCAGCCAUUCUCAAUUUGUUUUGGGGAGUCCUUGUUUGGAAAAGGAAAGCAGAGGAGGCACUGCUCGCCAGUGGGCUUCCUUAUACUAUUGUGAGACCUGGAGGAAUGGAACGUCCUACUGAUUCUUACAAAGAAACUCAUAAUAUUCUUCUUUCGGAGGAAGAUACUUUAUUUGGUGGUCAAGUGUCGAACCUUCAGGUGGCAGAACUAAUGGCAGUAAUGGCAAAAAACCGCAGCCUUUCAUAUUGUAAAGUGGUUGAAGUAAUUGCAGAAACAACAGCACCAUUGACCCCCAUGGAGGACCUUCUUGCAAAAAUUCCUCCCCAACGUGUUGAGGUUUCACCAACCAAGGAAACUGGUGAUUUACAGAAGCCUGCAGCUUCAAGCAGUAUUACGUCUGAGAUCCCAAGCACCUCGCUCGAGAAAGAACCUGCUGAAACAAAGUUAAAGGCAGCAGCACCACUCUCUCCAUAUGCUGUCUAUGAAGAUCUAAAGCCACCAACAUCUCCUACUCCAACCCCUAGCGUCGGGACAGGUUCGACCAAAGAGAGCAAAGCCAUGUCAACAGUGGUAGCAAAUGAUUCACCAUCUUCUUCUUCCGAAAUUAAUUCUUCAGAAAGCUCAAUCCCUGACACGGAUAGCACAACUCAACGGACAGACAAAAAGAAAACAACUCCUUCCUCUCCUUAUAUAUUUUAUGAAGAUCUUAAACCGCCGACAUCUCCUACCCCAAAUCCUCCCGGUGGUCGCUUAGUAAGUGCACGUGGAGCAGAAGAUGGGAAACCCGAUACGGUAGCCUCUGUUGUUGUUGAUGGUACUUCUGACAAAGCAGAAUUGCUGACUGCAAGGCCUUUGUCUCCAUACACUGCUUAUGAAGAUUUAAAGCCACCUAUAUCUCCGAGUCCAACACCAAGUGGUCCGAAAGCCUCAAUAUCAACAGAAACUGCACCACAACUUGCUGGAGGCAAUGAAAUUUCAGCUAGCAUCACUACCAUUUCCACUGAGAAGGAUCCUUCCCAUACUGUAGCUUCUUGUCAUUCUCCCUACCCUUUUUAUGAUGAUUUAAAGCCACCAACCUCCCCAACUCCAACACCAAGUGGUACGAAAGCCUCACCAACAGUGGAAGUUACAUCACCACUUACUGGAGGCAAUGAUGUGGUAAUCAGUAGUGCUACCAAUUCUGCCUGCGGAGAUCCUUCAACAAGUUUAGCUUCUUCUCGUUCUCCCUACCCUAUGUACGAGGACUUGAAGCCUCCAACUUCUCCAACGCCAUCUUUCAAGAAAAUGUGAAGGACUUGAAUCUUGUUCUGUUUUGCUUCAAGGAAUAAAUAACUAGUUGUAUCUCGGCAAGCCUAUCGUGCAAUGCAUCAACUCAGCAUUACAGUUAGAGCAAUUUUUUAUGUCUGUAUUUUGUUCUUUCCCUUGUAUUUAACUUGUUGGUGCCACUUGUAUUCUGUCGACUGUUUAAGUUCAUUAGCAUUCAGAUUGCUAUUGUAUAAAAUGAGACCACAUUUCCCUUCUUUAUAUGUGAAAAAGGAAAGGAAAAUUUCCAAUUU